CUACCGAAGGAGUAACACCAUUUCACUGUGAUAAACUCUCGGGGGAUACACGGAUUUUACCCAGACACUUUAUAUAUAAAUUUGUAUAGUUUAUUUAUUAUAUUUAUUUCGCAAUGGAGUCAGCAGUCAGAGCAUCAGUCGCACAGGCAGUCCAGGGACAGUCCAUCCAGCAGCUUCAGCAACCCGUCAUGUCGCAGGUUUCGUUGCAGGGCUCGGGGCCGUACCCCUGCCAGAAAGACACAACUCUCACGAAACUUUUUGUGGGGGGCCUACCCUACCACACGACAAAUGAGAGUCUUAGGAAAUACUUUGAGGAGUUUGGAGAUAUUGAGGAAGCAGUUGUGAUCACCGACAAACUGACGGAAAAAAGCCGGGGAUACGGAUUUGUCACGAUGUCAGAUAAAAUUGGCGCAGAAAAAGCUAUUGAAAAUCCCAACCCGACGAUAGACGGCCGAAAAGCAAAUGUAAAUUUAGCAUAUUUAGGAGCUAAACCUAGAAAUAAUAACUGUUUAACAGAGUUUGGUGCCCAGGAUGACUACACAAAUGAACUACGACGUUCAAAUCUGCAAAAUUACAUUGCAAUGCGGUCAGGAGGUAUGUGGCCUCUUGGCUACGUGCAAAACAGCACAGGCAACGCCGUCUCAUAUGCAGGAUAUCCCUACAGUGGACUUCCCCUGAACAUUCUUCUGCCUCAACUUCAGUCGCAGUACGGAGCAUUCCCACAGGCGUCGCCACUAUCGCCAACAGCCCAGACGAGUACAGCCAACCCGCAGCAUUUCUUCGACUAUUCUGCUUACGCGAGUCAACUGGCAGGACAGGAGGGACUUCAGGCUUUCUACGCACCCCAUCAUCACCAACACGCAGCCCAUCCCGCAGCUGCCCUCCAACACGCCCACAGCUUACAACAGCAGGCACAAGUAGCCGCCGCCCAGCCAGCUAUCUAUUCAUAUAUGCCCCAGACAAAUGCCGUCCACAGUGCAUACCAAGCGCAGCAGUUAGCCACCCCAGACCAAAUUUAACCUCGAGUCAGAGAAACGUAGAGACUUAUGCAAAUUGAGGAGAAAUUUCCAGGUAAUGGGAAGUUUGGGCGGACUAAGUUAUGUCCAUGUAAGCGCGCAUCCGGGAUAGUGCGUCCUGGCUUUGGGUGCAGGACGCGGGGACUGCUCUGUGAAAACUGGACAGUUCGUCUACAAGUCAGGAUCAAGGUAUGGACCAGCAUACAGGAAGGACUCCGUUUCCGGCGCAAAAAAACAUGGACUCUAGUGUCGUCUGCUUGUAAAUAGUCACAUGACCGCCGGACAAAAUGGUGGACAACAAAGCAAGAGCACUCUUGAUCUCCGCUAUGCAAUCAUCCGUGAUGUAACUUUUGUUGAUAUUUAUUAAUGAUGUAAACAUGAAACUGUGAAGAUAAAUCUAAGAAAGUGUUAUAAAUGUUAUUAAUGAAGUACAAAAUGUAUUUAUGAUUACCGAUUUAGGUGAGAUUGUGGCCAAGGGCUGGGUUGUUAUGGGAACAUGGUAUAGGUUUUAUCCAUGACGGGAACAACAUUCUCUCUGUGCUCGAAAUGAUGUUGAUUUGUGUUUAGAGAGUAGGCUAGAGCAGUCGCCAUAUUGGCAUGUGACAAGGCUGAUUGAGAACGAGGCUGCAUGCGUUGUUACUAUGACAAUCAAUGUAUGUAUCUGCCGUUCCUGUCCGUGUGCACACCAAGGAAAGACUUUAUUCAACUGAAGAGAAAAACUUUUCGCCCAACAAAAAGUUGAUGAUUUUGAUAAUGCAUUGUAGUAUGGGCGAUGGAGGUUCAUUUCUUAAUAGGUGUGCACUUUCGAUCAGGCGGAGAAACCGGUGUCAAGACAUUCGGGCUUUGUCGGCAAGGUUCGGAAAUGUGAUCUCGUGAAACACUUACGCAGCUCUGAUGGUAGUAACAUCAGUCGGUCAGUGUUCAUGGUUAUAGAGCUAUAGGCUAGUGCACUGUUUCAAGACAUUACCGAAAGAAUUUAGGGUAACCGUAUUUAAUGUAUGCAACUUUUCAGCAUCGGUAGGCCCCCUAUGUAUAAAUGUAUUAUGUAAAUUAUAACUUAAGAUAUUCACAAUGUAGAUAGUACUAAUAGAAAAUUAGCAAUAAACCACCUUAUCGUUAGUAACCAUAUUAAUAGAGAGUAGUUGUCUCCUGCUCACGCUGGAGAUUCACCACUUUUCUCAAGCAGGGUUCAGGUAUUGACCAAUCAGAAGACAUUUAUCUUGCUUGUUCGACGUAGUACAGAGCUUCUGAUUGGCCAAUACUUAUCGCCUGACAGGACAGUACGUUCCUAGUAGGACGUUGCGAGUUAUUCCUGUUUCAGGAAAGUGGCGAAUGGCGACACGCCUUUGGGGCUAUGGGUGGAGGGAAAAUAUAGAAUAUUGUGCUAGCAAGUCCAAAGUCGGCGUGCCAGAGUCGCUUUUCUUGUUUUAUCGUGACCAAGGUAAACUCUGGAUAACGACGUAAUCUGUCCAGUACCUAAUAAAUUACCAGCAGCUGAAUAUAAGGUGGAUCUGCCACGCCCUCUAUUUUUAAACCUCUGCCAAGCGGUCUUCAGUACUUGCCAAUAGAUGGCGUUUUGCUCAAUAUAUUCAAGAACGCCACCUUUUAACUUAGUCAAGCAUUAAUCAAAGGAGCAAGAGGUCGAUCUGGAGGAAUAUCCAAAAUGACACGUGCCUUCCCUUUGUUUUGAUUGCAUAAUUGUAUAUGUUAUAGAAAUCAUCAUAGGUCACUUUUAGCCAAUAGAAAUGACGCAUUGUUGUCUUCGCAGCACUAGUCAUUUGUUAGUUUCGUCACUUCCGCCUGGUAGUUAGGCUGCAGAAUCCUGACUUUACUUACAGGUCGUCUCUCAUUACAGUUUAAUUAAAUUAUCUGCCUAAAUGGGCAACUUUAUCACUAUAUAUUUUAGAUUAUGCCAGAUCAUCAUUUUAGUAGAAAUUUGAGGGUCAGGUCCGACCCAAGACAGUUAAUCUUUUUAAACCCGAAGUCAUUUCAAAAGUAACAUCGUCGCUUUGGAAUUCAUUGCCAGUGGCCAACUAGAUCCGCAAAUUUAACGAGGGCAAAAUGUAACUUCAUCCAUACUCACUCCAAACCUCGCCCGGUCCGAUAGAGAUUUGUGUGCUGUAUUGACAACGCCGGGCCGUGCUGUUACAUUAUUAUUCUUUUGCACAAAUUGCUUUUCCAUCCUCUUUUCGAAAUGAAAGUCGGGCUUUAAAUGGUUAACUUACUGAAAUAUCUGCCAGGAGCCGUUGCGAAUCAUGAAGGUGGCAGCAUUGUCCACCAAUACAUUCUGUCCCAUGGCAAGAUGGGAGUAGUUCACUCUGCAUUUGACACGAAGGAGUGUAUUAAUGUUCAUGAUGACGUAUUCAUUAGACACAGUUUUGUUAUCUUGAUUAUGUCACCGUCACAGCGACUCCUGGCGGCUGUAACUGUACAUUUCUCUGCCACUAAACAUAUUAGAUAAGUUAUACACACUAAGCAUAUAUGAUAUUACUAUAAGUAUUGUCGGGCAUUACGCCUGUAAUGUAUAUUUUAAAAAUGCCUGUUUAUAGGAAAAAAUCACUCUUUAGACUCACGUCGCUCAUUAUGAAAUGUCUUGUGCAACAGUCAUUUUCUUAUUCCAUUUUUAUAUUGAUUCUGUGAUUCAGAAACAGUGGGAUUCACAACGACUAUUGCGCAAGGCAUCAAUUAAGUCAAAAUGUUGACUACGUCAUCACAUUUAUAUAUGAUGUCAUCAAAAAUGUUGUUCAUCGUCAUCAUUCAUCGUUCAUUGUAUAUCUAAUGUAUAAUUACUGUUAACUUCAACUGUAAACACUAUAAAGGCCAAUAAAGCCACAUCUUCAUACAGUACA